AUGGACGAAAUACAAAUACCCAAGCUCAGAAAACGAACGGCCAAGCCAGAAUGGGCAGCCCCGGUAAACGACGCUGCCUCGUUUGAAACCACUGCUUCGCGAAACCCGUACGCCGAAAUCAGCCAGCCGUUCGGCCAACCGUCCUCUUCGGCGCAGAGCGUGAAACCAAAUGUGCUCUCAACCAAGCGGAAUCGUAACGCGUCACGUUCCAUCAGUCAGCGAUUCUCGGUGCGCUAUAAUGACGACUUUGCGUACAAUGCCGCAGACGCGCCGAGUCUCCCGAAUAUCGCCAACCUUAAUCUCGACUCACAGGCACCACAGGACGUCCAGACACGAAUCAACACCGAAUUGGCGUAUGCUGGGGCGGCGGAAGUGGUGCGAUUUGCGCACGGCUUGAAGCAGGAAGAUGAAGUGCUCACGGAGCAGAUCAAAACCAACAUCAACGACAACUAUAAACACAUCUUCCAGCUCAGCACCGACCUUGUGCUCACCGAGACCGACUUGAACCUCUUGCGGACGUCGAUUACCGAGCUUUGCGGCGUGAUCGAUACGUUACAGGAGCGAGCACGCGCGACGGUGGGCCAGACCGCAGAGGGCGCUUCGCGCGCGCGCGACCGCUCAUCCAUCGUGGUGCUCGAGAAGAUGUGGGCAUCCGCGUUGGCCAGCUUGUACAAGCACGUGGAGGGUGCAGCUAAAUUUGUGCCGCCGAUUCCCGGGCGCCACGUGUUUGCGGAGAGCGGACGGUGGUCUGAGUUGAACGGGGCCAACUGGAAGGUGUUCCAGCCCAUCCACCUCUUUGUGUUGAAUGACCACGUGCUCGUGGCAACCAAGAAGAAAAAGACAACCAACGAACACGCCUUUAAGCUCGUGGCGGUGCAGUGCUGGCCCAUCCAGGAUGUCACGAUGGGCGACAUCACCCCCCCGCAGACCUCCCCCGACGUCUACACCAUCAACAUCAAGUAUCAGAGCUUAAGUUAUCUCUACCAGACGGACCGCUACGACCAUUACACAAAAAUCAGCACGGCGUUCAAGGAGGCAGCACACAAGUUCCGUGCGCAGGCCGACAAGCGGCUCUCGCGCAGCGACAAACGGCUCUCAGGCGUAAUGGACUUGAGCACGCGCGUCAAGUCGCACUCGCGCACGCAAUCGGAGGCGAAUGCGCCGCAAGAUGCGAGUAUGCGUGAGUUGGGCGCCAUUGACGAACGCGUCGACGAACUCUGCAUGGCGGUGGCGCAGCACGAGUACGCGAGCUCAGUAGCGAUUUUAGCGGAGUGCAAGGCGCGCGCCGCGGCGGUAGAGACACAGCAUCUGGACGUGGCGGUGCUCGUGGACCUUUUGGCGUUGAAGUUGCGGCUGCGCGAGGACCAGUUGGUGCGCGACUUGGUGCACGCGGUGCGCACCGAGCACACCCGCGCACAGACCGCGGUAUUGAUGGCGCACUUUACGCUGUUGGGAAUCUUACACACGGGCCGCGAUGCAUACCUUUCGCAGCAGUCGCUCCGCAUAGACGAGUUAGUCAACGAGAUCAGCUUUCUGAGCGAGGUGGAGGUGUAUGUAACGCAGGUGACCAUCGUCACAUUCCAGUGUGUGAAGCGCGCCAUCACAACAUAUAUUGCGGCGUUUCCAGCCGACACGUUCAGCUUUGUGGUGACAUGGGCAACUGCGGAGGUUACGAAGUACGCGCUGUUUUUGAAGAAUCAGCUCCACGGCGUGCGUGCUGAGUCGGAGGUACACCAGGCAUGUGUACAGAUUGCACGUGCGCAGGCGGACGAGUUGAAAGCGGUCGGAAUGAAUGUGGAUUUUCUACUCGAGUAG